UAAAGUUAUUACCUCAGAUAUUUUGCCAGCUUAGCGCCGCGAAAUGAGUUUCAGACAAAAGAGCUCGAGAGCUCUCUCUAGGAAAUACUUAAUCAGGGUGGGGCCUGGGCCGGGCCCAGGGGUGCCGAAACCGAUCGGCUUUCCCAGGGGGCUUCUGCAGUCUACAGCCUGGCCGCACCGCAAGCAUUAGGCUCGGCGUUUUCCUGUUCCCUGGCUAGUGACCCCCCUACAGGAAGAUAGCGGAGAAGCCAGGAGGGCGGAGCAGCUCCCUGCACAUGUCUGGCUGCUCUUAUCAACUUAUCAUAUAAGGAAAGGAAAGUGAUUGAUUCGGAUACUGACACUGUAGAAUCUGGGGAAAGAGAAACAAAGCUGCAGGAAGGCUGCUCUCUCUGAGGCUGCUGCAGCCCUCCUGGGUGAGCCAGGCUGCUCGUCCCGCUGCAACCUCAGUUUACUGCAUGCCGGGAGGGACAGCAGCAUUAAAACCAACUUUGCUCCUGGAAGAGGAGGGAAAAGACGGACUUUCCUUAAUGGGCUCAGCCAUGGUAGCAUAGCCCGGCGUUUCAGACGGCAGCUGAGGACUCUGGGCUCGCGAGUGCCAGACGCUUGCUAAGCUGGUGGUUUUAUUGCCCAAAGAAAGGGAGAAUGUGGCGGAUUGUUUUCUUUAGCCUGAGCUGUGAUCUUGUCUUGGCCGCAGCCUACAGCAACUUUCGGAAGAGCAUGGACAGCGUGGGGAGGAAGCAGUACCAAGUGCAGCACGGGUCCUGCAGUUACACGUUCCUGCUGCCUGAGACGGACAACUGCCGCUCUUCCUCCAGCCCCUACGUGUCCAACGCUGUGCAGAGGGACGCGCCCCUCGACUACGACGACUCGGUGCACAGGCUGCAAGUGCUGGAGAGCAUCAUGGAGAACAACACGCAGUGGCUGAUGAAGCUGGAGAAUUACAUCCAGGACAACAUGAAGAAGGAAAUGGUGGAGAUACAGCAGAACGCAGUGCAGAACCAGACGGCCGUGAUGAUAGAGAUAGGAACCAACCUGCUGAAUCAGACAGCAGAGCAGACACGGAAACUGACGGACGUGGAAGCCCAAGUAUUAAAUCAGACGACAAGACUUGAACUUCAGCUUCUAGAACAUUCCCUCUCUACAAACAAAUUGGAAAAACAGAUUUUGGAUCAGACCAGUGAAAUAAACAAAUUGCAGGACAAGAACAGUUUCCUAGAAAAGAAAGUGCUAGACAUGGAAGAUAAGCACAUCGUUCAGCUGCAGUCAAUAAAAGAGGAGAAAGAUCAGCUCCAGGUGUUGGUGUCCAAGCAGAAUUCCAUCAUUGAGGAGCUCGAACGACAGCUGGUGACGGCCACGGUGAACAACUCUGCCCUGCAGAAGCAGCAGCACGACCUGACAGAGACGGUGCACAGUCUGCUGACGAUGAUAGCCACCUCCAGCUCAGCUAAGAACUCCUUUGCGGCUAAAGAAGAACAAAUCACGUUCAGAGACUGCGCUGACGUAUUCAGAUCAGGACUGACCACCAGUGGCAUCUACACGCUAACGUUUCCCAAUUCCACAGAAGAGACGAAGGCCUACUGCGACAUGGAAACGGGCGGUGGUGGUUGGACGACCAUUCAGCGGCGGGAAGAUGGCAGCGUUGAUUUCCAGAGGACGUGGAAAGAAUAUAAAGUGGGAUUUGGUAACCCUUCGGGAGAACACUGGCUGGGAAACGAGUUUGUUUCCCAACUGACGAAUCAGCAGAGAUAUGUGCUUAAAAUACACCUAAGAGACUGGGAAGGGAAUGAAGCUUACUCAUUGUAUGAACAUUUCUACCUCUCAAGUGAGGAAUUCAAUUAUCGGAUUCACCUUAAAGGACUUACGGGGACAGCCGGCAAAAUAAGCAGCAUCAGCCAACCAGGAAAUGAUUUUAGCACAAAGGAUGCAGACAAUGACAAAUGCAUUUGCAAAUGUUCACAAAUGCUAACAGGAGGCUGGUGGUUUGAUGCAUGUGGUCCUUCCAACUUGAACGGAAUGUACUAUCCACAAAGGCAGAACACAAAUAAGUUCAAUGGUAUUAAGUGGUACUACUGGAAAGGGUCAGGCUACUCGCUCAAGGCCACAACCAUGAUGAUCCGACCAGCAGACUUCUAAAUGCCCGUGCACACCCAGGAAGACCGUGCUGUACACUUCCGGAUCCACCCCAAAGCACUGCAAGGCACCGCUGUACGCUGUCUCCUCAGCCGCCUGGACAGCACUCCCGGAGCCUGUGGGACUCCUGUCCUCAGACCAGCGCCCGUGAACUUUGUCACUUAAUGAACCAAAGCAAAACUCAAAACAGGCCAUGAUCUGGCGUGGUGAUGUAGUGGACACCUAGGAGAAGAUGAGUUCAAGGUUGAGAGACUGACAGUUCACAGACUCUGCUGUCACAACCAAGAAUGCUAUGUGCGAGUUUAUCAGUAAAUAACUGGAAAACAGAACACUUAUGUUGUAUAGUACAGAUAAUCUUGGAACUGCAUUCUUGUAAGCACUGUUUAUAGACUGUGUAAAUAUCCUUAUGUUCUGAAUUCAGCAUCACUAUCACAAUUAAAAGGAAGGAAAUAUCCUCUAAGCCAUAAAAAUAUACUAUAUAUUCAGGGAGAAUACAGCAGUGGUUAUUAGCCGUUUAAUAUUUGGAAAAGCAUAGUUAGUGCACUUUUGCUCCUCCUUUUAGGUGCUUCAAAUUUUCAUUUUGAAAGCUGCGUAUUUACACAUAUUUUGACAGCUUAGUUUUAAGUUAAUGCUCAAAUACAUAUUUCAAGUUCAUAAAAGGUGAAAAUUUCCAGGAUCUCUGAUAACACCUAUAGAAAUGUGUACCAUUUUAGUUUAUAUGAAGAUUGUACUAUUUUUUUCUGCCUGGCUGUUAAAUAUGAAAGUGUUUUUAGUAAUUAAAUAUAACUUAUUAGGUGAGAAAAUUAUGUUUAACUUUGACAGUUAUAUUUACAAUUUUGUAAUUCUGUUAUGAAACAACUGGUUGUGCCGCAUAAGGAAAAGUUUGAUUUUAUUGAUAAAAAAAUUAUACAUUUAAUUCCCUGAAAAA